GUCGCGGAGGUCCGCGUCGAGGUGGAAGCAUCCCCUCUGGCGGCUGUCGUCCGCGGCGUCGCGGCGCAGGCAGAGCCAGAGCACCGCGUCACGAGCUUGAUCGCUGCGUUGACAGAAUCGGACUUCAAACACAUGUCGGAUCUGAGCGACGUUGGAGCCGACGACUUCGCAAAGCUCGCGCCGGCAUUCGCCGCUUGCAACAGCAGCUUCGUCAAAGCCUUCUUGUCGCACUGCCAGAGCAGCGCCAGUCGCGAGCAGGCAGCUCAAGCGCACAAGCCUGGCGGGCGAACGGAGCCCCAGCGCCCGGCAUCUCUGGCAGCGGGCGUCGCUGCGCAGGCAGGCUCCGCCUCGGGCAGCGCAGGCGCUGGCUGUGCUGGCGACCAGACGCCCACUGCGAAGCGAUUGGACGCCCCCGCCGAGUGCUCGCAGCCGCCGUGGCAGCUGCUGCCAAUUGCACCUGCUAUCCGGGUGCGGAGCCCACUGGCAGGCCACGGGACGAGAUCAAGCGGGCUCGUCGCGAAGCCAGCGGGGGCGACCAUCUGA